GUAAGUUAGCAGCCUUAAGCAUCAGCUGUUUUCCCGCUUGCUUUCUGUUUACAUUUUUAUUGGCUUGAAGUUUAAAAUUGAACUAAAUGGAAUCCCUCGCUAAAUACCGAUAUAGUUUGGUGGCUGGGUCCUUUGCAGCUGCAGGAAGCUUUUUCGGAAAACUGCCCAGCCACCUCAGCGCCCGGAAACUACUCAAUACUUCGCAAAUUAAAGCAGACUCUUCAUAUUUAGAAUUAGCAUUACUUCAGCUGCUGCCAUUAGUGCUAAUGAUAAUAUGCAAUGUAUGCAACUUGCGCUGCUUUCUGAAGGCCCUGCAAAUGACUGAACAAACUCUGACCUGCGUCGUUUUAACUGCCGCUUCCAACUAUGUCUUAUCGUUCAUCUUGGGAGCGCUUGUUUAUCGGGAACCACUGACAGUAUUAUCCUGCAUCGGAAUAACGCUGAUUCUGGCUGGUCUCUGGUUUCUUUGCGAUGGAGGAACGGUGGAGUCCAAGAAGCCGGACAAAAUUGAAUAGUUAGCAAGGAAAUUCUUUAAGGGAUUUCUAUAAUCAUAGAUAAGAAACUUAAUUUUCCAUUUGUCAUAUAUUCAAAUAUUCUACGGAAAUGUAAAAAUGCCGGGCGCCCAAUUAGUUCAAGAAAUCGAAUGCUUUAUAUACUUUGUUUAAUGUAUGUACUAUCUUGCAAAUACACAGUUUUCAUUUCA